UCAGGAACAUUUGCCGUCCGCGGUGGACGCUUUGUUUCUUAGGGUAUUUUUUUUUAUUAAAACCAAGACCGGCUUGCAAAUAUGUGAAUUAUAACAUAAACCGUGCUUAGAUUAACUUAAAUUCCGUUUAAAAGCUCAGGUAUCAUUCAAAGUGCACCAUUUCUAAGAGAUUCUGAACCCAGUUGAUAUCGAUCGAAGUAUUAUAUUAUUGUGUUUAUUUUUAUUUAUAGAGUGGAUAGCUUUGUAUGUUUGUUUUUGCAAAUAGAUUGAUUAUCCCGUUAUCUGUUAGUUUUGUGAUGAUGCAUUGAAAUAAAUUCUACUCCAAAAUGUGGUGCGCGUAUUUGUUUAUUGUGUCGGUGGGGUCUGUGUCAGGACAAUUGUGGCUGGCAAAUAUUACGGAUAAUCUCCGGCAAGGAAUGUCGAACCUGAUUGAGACUUCAGCGGUUAACUACUCAUCUCCGGUGCUCAAUGCUACGUAUACUGCGAAGGUGGAAUUCGACAUGCGCGCCAUGGGUCACCUCUACAACUCUACUGGCUUUAUUAUUGACUUGAUCGCUAAGAAGGAUGCUUAUCCAGAAGGCAUGGUGAAAAUAUCCGACCAUCAUGUUGAGGUAGCGAAGUUGAAUGAGAAUUGGAAGAAACUGCUGUCAUUCUACGCCGGGCCGGUCGCUGUCAUAGUUGUUAUCGCGCUGCUCAUCGUUAUACUUCCUCUUACUGGGUUGUUUUGGUGCUGUUGUCAGUUAUGCAAGUCUGGGCGGCGACGCAGGCCGUUCGAUCGCAAGUGCGACGCCUGCCUUAAAGGAGUGCUGGCUAUCUUGCUCAUUGCGGUCCUAACGCUAUUCUUGCUUGGCGUUGUGUGUGCCUUCGCUACGGAGUCACAGAUUGACAGUGGAUUUGCUGGCAUAACCCCCGUCGCGCACACCAGCAUUAAAGACACGAAGACCUUCCUCGACACUGUGCAGGCUCACUUCAGACAUCUGCUCGUGAACAACUAUAAGGAGCUGGAAGAAGAAAUGAAUGAAAUGCUUACUAGCAGUGGACGCACGGUACUCCACCAACUGGAUGAAUUCACGAGUGCCACGUCCGUACAGAAGUUAAUCAACAUGGUCCAACAAUUAGACAGGGUACCAGAUGAUCUACGCGGGGUGCAAGUCGCGACGUUAGCUUUGCGUAGCGACGCUGAGAAACUUUACUCAGGUCUGAAAAAAGUGAAGUACCUUAUUAUACGAACAUUGAACGACUGUACCGAGAAGCAGUGUAUUCAGCUACAAGAGAAGAACAAACUUGGGGAGCUUGAGACUAAAAUACACUACAAUAAGAUGAUUGACAAAUAUUUUCCAACGAUACCGGAUGUGUCUGAGCUGCUGUCAAACGUGACCCAGUUGCUGCAGAGCGACAUCAAGAAGGACGUGUCUGCGGGGCUCGAGGUUUUCAGCGGGAUCAAGAGAACGGUUGAGCAGCAUAUCCCAACCGUACAGGAUGCCAUCAAUUCCACCGGGGCACAGUUGUUGCGGGUGGCAGAACAGAUCACAGAACAGACAGAAAAAUACAGCCUGGAGUUAGACAAGAUGAAGCCCAGUGUAGACAAUGUGCAGACGUUCUACGAGAAGUAUGGGCCUUAUAGGAGAUCUGUCACUCUCGUCGCUUGCUGCCUACUGGUUUUGAUAGUGGUGUUAAUGUCGUGGGGUAUUAUGUGCGGCGUGUGCGGCAAGCGACCCGACGUGUACGGCAGCGUCGACUGUUGCAACAAGGGCGCUGGGGCAUCCUGCCUGCUCUGUGGUACAGCCGUGACGUUAUUCUCCGGUGGAGUGAUCGCGCUGAUGUUACUAAUAUACUUUGUGAGCGGAGUCACUCUACAGAGAUUCGUCUGUGAUCCAGCCACUGAGCCUCGCAACAAUCGUCUGGUCGGAGACUUUGACGAGUUUGUCGACCUGGAGUACUACCUGUUUAAGAGCAGACAUGUUGUCAACAUUACCGUCAGUGGGGCACUUAUCGCGUGCAAUAGCAACGAUACUGUUUACGAGGUAUUCCAACUACAACAUCUGUACGACCUGGAGGCGAUAAAGCGUGAUAUAGAGAAGGAGAUACAGCGGCGUAUCGACGAGCUCCGUACCGUGUACCCCCCGCGGGGACAACCGCUGCGGAUACUGACACCGGCCGCCAAGGACAAACUGGACAGACUGGCGCAGACUGGACUGUCAGAGUUCAACUUCGAUAGGAUACUAGAUGCGUUGGAGACGAACCUGACAUCGCUGCCGCUGCAGUCGCUUUCCGAGGACCUGCGGAGCACGUCGCGUGCACUAGCCGGCCGUCGCGGCUUCGACAGUGUGGCGCGUGACCUGCAGAAGGCUGCCGACCAAAUCGACGAACUGCAGCUCAACGUGGUCGCGCCGCUCGUCGACAACACAAGGAAGCUCAAUAAAACAGCAUCAGAGCUCCGCGACGUGCUUCGUUUCAACCAAUCUUCGCUAAAGGAGGCCAUACAAUACAGGAUCCGAGAUGCGACCGAAGUGGAACUCUUCUUGAACACGCAGGGGCCUGAUCUUGUGCAGAAUUUCACACGUGAGUUCGCGGAAGUUGUAAGGCUGCGUCUACAAGAGUAUAUGACACGGCUGGUGUACGCAGCGCGAAACGACGUUGGAACGUGCGAGCCGCUUUCCAACGCGAUCAACGCGACUCGAGAUGCCUUUUGUCGCGCCACACUCAUCCCUGUGAACGGCUAUUGGAUAUCCCUGACGUGGUGCAUGUUCCUCUUCGUGCCGAUGCUCGUGUUAGCACAGCGACUGGCUCGUCUCUACCGACACCCGGAUCCCUAUCCCGGACCGCUCGUGGAGGCCGAGUAUUUGUAUGACGCGUACGUCGACCGUGAUAACAUACCCCUUGCCAACUCCUACAAGGCUGAGAAGCGCGCAGGACGCAGCCGACGCGAGGGGCGUGAGCGUUGUGAGGGGCGUGAUGUGCGGGAGGCGAGGGAGGCGCGCGGCCGGGAGGAGACAGGCGCGCUCGCCUUGGCACCGCCCGCUGAUGUCCACCACGCGCGCAGAUAUAAUGAUAUGGCGCCAAAACACUGGGAGGAGGGACUGCCGCGUUACCACGGACCUACUGAGUACGAGCGACCCCCACCAUACUACUAUCCAGGGCCAAACGAUGGACAGUAAAUCGCCGCUAACGGAACUCGACGAUGAUACGCUGAAGUACUAACUCGUCCCAACUCCUAAACUGAUGAUCCGAAACGAAAUGUACAACGUUACAGCCUAAAUACUAAGUAUACCAUAGUAUUUUUCCAUUGUAUAUUAAAGUAUUGAAUUUAUACGUCAUGUGAAUAAAAAUUAUUGGCUUUUCAAUGGUCGUAAAACAUAAAUAAAUUAGGCGUUGUAGAGACUGCCGAUAGAAGUGGAAAUUUAGAACUUUUAGAAACCAAAUUUUAAAUCUAAUUAUGUUUGAAACAAUAAAAUUACAAAUUUCAAUUUAUUUUUCGAACUUAUUUUAAUUAUUAAUAAAACAAAUACACAAUUUCAACAAUACGCAGUAUAUACCUAAUACACACUGAACUUUUCACUAAAUCCAUUCAAUUUCACUUAUAAGAUAUACACAGCACUAAUAUAGCACAAUACGUCAGCUGUAUAGCUAUAGGUAUACUGCUAUAUUAAGUAUUUCGGUGAUGCGAACUACUUAAAACUUUUAGAUAUUUAUUUAUCGCCUGCGCCUGUCAUGAUCAUGUCGGCGACGCGAACCCCAUCAGACUGUACCAAAAAGUGCCCAACGCGGCUAAAGAAAUUUUGAUCAAAAAAAAUUCAAAAACUUUAUGCUUAAGAAACUUUUUGUCAGUGGUCUAGUAAUUUUUAUUUACACUAACGUAUAGAAAUUUUGGUUGCAGGAAUGAAUUAAAUUAAUAAUUUAGAGAUAAGAUUUAUAAUCUAUUAUAAUGCUCUUUUAAUGUAAUUCAAUUUUUAACUCACCGCAUCAUUUACGAUGAUGGUUGAAGUUUUAGGGGAUAAGCUAAAAUGUCUCACUUUCAAAUGUUUCUCGGCAAAGCAAGUCCACUAGGAAAGGGCUUCGUAAGUGUAUUAUUCUAGGUUAACUACUUAUCAUUCCUGUAACUUAAGUAAGUAUUGAAUAGUGGGUGGCUUAUUGUGGCAUUACGGAGUUUUUGCUUUAAAGAAAUUGUUGUAAUCUGAUGCGUUUACGAUCCCCACAUUAUUACUACCAUUAAAAUAAACUGUAUUGGCAGAACAAAUUUCUCAUCUGUGACAAUGUUACUAUUGCUAAAUAACGACGUCUAAUUACAUCUAUUUCGACAAUAUUAUUUCAUUCAAAUUUCGAACAUCUGAAACAAUGAAAUUGUAUUUGACCUUCAUUCUAAUAUCAGUCGAGAUGACGUUCAGUUAGAAACGAAAUGUCAAUUUGAAAUUUGUACAUUAUCAAGAUAGGUACAUUAUAUAGUUAGGUUGGGGCCAACUCUAGUUUGUCUCUGAAUUAAAAAAACAUAACAGCUGCCAGAAAACUUUUCGUUGCUGCCAUUACCGGUUAUUAUAAAUGUUGGUCAUAAUAUGCGGGUCCUGAAUGCAUCAUAGAAGCUUAUGAUAUGUGGGUAGAUUAAGUAGUGUAUGUAACUGUACAGAAUUAUGCAUUAAAACACUCGUGUCUAAUGGCCUUAAUUAUGUACAGUCACAUACACUACUAUUAAUAACUGAAGUAUUGAUGAAAAUGGAUAGUAUGAUAUAAUACCUAUGUUCUGGUAAUCCGGAAAAAAAUAAACUCCUUAUAUAUUUGGAGCUACUUAUACAUGUUAGAAUUCGAAAGCUAUCCAUCCAAGCGAAGUAAGCUGUCCACUUUUUAAAAAAUAAAUUAUAAUAUUAUCAGUAAUGUUGAUAUACCCGUAGAUUUAUAAUAUAUAUGCGUAUAGCUGACCUAGCCACUUUUGAUUUGUCAAAGGUUGCGUUAGCUACUGUUUGCCAAACGUGGCUGACAUCUCACGGCUUAAUUCGUGUUUUCUAUGUUGUUAUAUCUCCGUGAGAGAUGGACUUCUCUCGCACGCCCUGUCUAUACGCUAGUAUAUUGUAUAUCUGUGGAUUUGUCGACGUUCGUACUCUUCGCACUGUCAAUGUCUGCAACUGCCAUAUUAUGACUAUUAUAUUUUAUUGUGUAGCGCUUUUUAUAUUUUUAUUGUAGUUCAAUACGUUUUGCAGACUCAGAUAUACCGUAAUGCGUUUCAUUUUUAUGCAGUUGACUGAUUUUGACAAUUAACCGCUCUCCGGUUUACCUCUAGUGCCAAAUGGAUCAAUCCUGUUGUCCAAAAUACAAUAUAAAAUUGUCUUAUUAUAUAUUUGUAUUAGUUUUGCAAUUGGCUCGUGUGUUUUACAAUAAUUAACUGGGUUGCAUCAAAUUAGCUGUUAUAGUUAAGGUUUAAGUCAAAUUUAACGUUGACAGUAACGCUGAUUUAAACAUAGACUGCGAAAUGUAACGUAUUCCUUGGAAUACGACAGAAUAACGCAUGGUAUUGUUAAACUUAAAAAGUGAAAUAUCAAGUCAAUAUCGAAUGAUUAUUUGAAACUUUUGACCGGUCGCUAUUUAUUGCUUUAACCGGCGCGGCGAAGAUUGAACGGUUAGAGUUAUGACGUUGCAAAACGUUUUUUGCUUAACCGGUACCUUAACAUGUUUUUUAUUGCUUAAGUUCGUUGGUGCAGCCCAGCCUUAAAGUGUUUAUAUGAGACUGUUAAAAACUGAUUUGCAAUGAACGUCCUUAUACAAAGCAAAUAAUAUUAUAUUUGUCUGCAAAACGUAGCCAAUUACGCUCCGGGUUUUGUGAUCGUAUUUCGGGUUCGUCAGUAACGGCACGGUUCUCCGCACAAACUCCUGUCUCAGGUUAAGACCAUCACUUACUGACGUGGCUGGUUUUAUUAGGAUUAAAAUUGGUUACGUGUAUGCGUGUAUAUUUUUUGCUGUGUGUAACAAAGGUAUACUGAUGACUAUGUUGUAUGAGUGCAGGAUACUAUGCACAGUAUCCUAGGUAGAAUGGGUAUCACAAAAGCCAAAUAAUAUUGUGCAAACACUAUUUCUGUGUAGUGUGAAAGGCGAAAGUCUUUAGAUGCAGAGCGCAAUUGGGAAUUUUUGGGUUUUUCAACAAUCCUUAGCGGCAUGAUCUGGUGAACGUCUAACAUAACCCUGGCUGGUGUGAUUUUUUAUCGUAAAAGAGGUGGUUGUGUGUAUUUCACACUAUUAGUGCGACAAACACCUUAUUGCUCCGACCACUGAUGUAUUAUCGAUUAUAAUGUAUAUUCCAUUGACGUACAAAGAAACAGUUAGACUCCAAAUUGCCUAAAGGUCGUCCAAGAAAGGCCGAGCGGUGUUGUAUAUACAUAUACAUUAAUAAUUAUACAGAUAACAUUACAAACAUUCACUCAAAUUAACUCCUUAUUUCCUGGCAGUAAUGUUCAAAGUCUAUUGUAUACGCUCUUUAGAAGCUCGGACGCGAACACUAGAUAAGAAUAUUUUGUUUUAGCAAUUGAAAUGUAAUUAUUUUGCAUUGUAAUGGGUAGGGCGUAUCAAUUACCAUCAGCUGAACGUCCUGCUCGUUUCGACCCUUAUUUUCAUAAAAAAAAAUAGUAAAAAAAAGAAAUAUUUAGCAAAAUGAUUAAAAAUGUCAGUUUCACAAUUAAAUUAUUUUAAAGGGGCACUUACCUGAACUAUAACACUACAUUCUUUUUAAGCUUGGAUUUGCUGGCUUGGACGGUUUUUUUCUGAACACUCUCAUUGCGUAGCGUUAUAUUCAAAGCGCGGUCGAAACGCAACUGAACGAAAACUCUGCCUAAUAGACUCGUGACUUUGAGUCCAGUUCUUUGUACGUCAAUGUUAUAUCCCUGGACAUUUGUAAGUAAUUGAAAUGAAACGUACGUCGCACGAUUUAUGCACUAUUCCAGUUGUGUUUGUACGAGGUUAGUUAGAAAUGGUUGCUAACUAUCAUACAAUGACGCAUAAUUUUUGUUUUUAAUGUUGAUUUAGUGUUUUCACACAAAAUUGAUCUUUUUGAUAGUCAUACUGAGAGGUUAGAAUCGAGUAUUAGUGAACAUCACGAUGACGAGAUUAGAAAAAGCAUUUAAUAUAGGUUAGUUUACUUGGUAAUGUACCUUAUUUAGACUUUUAUAUAGGAGCGGGUAAAGUAUGCCAUGCCAAACUUUAUUUAGUUCGGUUAUUGUGUUUGAAUACUCUUUUAAACCCUUCUGUGUUUUGUAUACUAUUAAUUUAAUAUCCUUUAAAACUAAAGCAAAUUGUAAUUUUAAUUGAUUAAAUAAAUGACUUUGAACGUAUAUUGACGUAGGUUUUAAGUUGAUUGCACAAUCGCGUUUUAAAGUCUUAGGUUCUUAGGCUUAACGAACUGUUUUGUCACUUAGUAUCAAGGUUAUUGGAUAGAAAGGUACAAAACAAUUCAAUAGGGGAAAAGGUUUAAUGAGCAAUUGGUGUUAUUAUGAAUAAUAAUAAUUGGUAUGUUAUAUUAAAAACCAUGUUGUAAAAACAAUAUCGGGCCCGAUUUCUCUUGAUUUUUUUGGAAAAAAUUAUUUGAGUAACUCCUAACAAAACGAAUCGUAUAUAUUUUUGUUGCGUUAAAGUUGUCUUUAAACUUUUCUAAAUAACGAAUCUUAUAUAUUAUAGAUUUAAUUUUAUACGCUAACGAGUCAAUGAUAAUUUUUUCCUACCCUUUUACAUACCAAAAUGUGUUCUUACAACUUGAAUUAUGAGAGAAAAAUGUGAAAAGAUUUGUUCUUGUAUUAUUUCUCUUUAUACACUUUGCUGAAAGAAAAUUAUCACCAAUACCAUUCGCAAACCUAAUUUAGCUCUAGCUACCAAGUGUAAUUGAUUUAGUUUCGUUAAUUUUAAGUAAAAAUUUAUCUUCCCAUUGCGGGUAUUCCUAAAAAUACUCUCUUAACGUCAUUCAUUGGUUUAUCUCGAGGGAUGCUUUCAAAAUGGAUAACAAUAUUUUAUAUCUUAUAGUUAUUAUUUAAGCCCACAUACAUAUAUUAUGAUAUAUGAUAGUUCAAAUAUUAAAUGUGUCAUAUUGUACUCGUAUAUAGUUAGGUUCGCUAUGAAUGCCAAAAGAAUAUUCUAAAUUAUUUUGGCCUUUGAGGUGCAAUAGUUGUAGUCUACAACUAUACAGCGUGACUGGUGACCCAUUGACAAAACUCGAGGCGAUCAUAUAUGAAAAAAAAAACAUUAAAAAUGCGUGUACCUAUGUACGCACGCAAGAAUUUAUUCUUCUUUGGCGUAAUAAAACAAAAAUCCUUAAAAUAAUGUGCUAUUUUACGUUUGUAGAAUAAAAUAUUAUAAUGAAGAAGAUAUUAAAACAGAAUGAGAAAAUAUUUUUUUUAAUUUUUUAAGUUAAAUAUUUAAAUUUAUUUAAUCUUCGUCCAUUGGAUGUGGUUCAGUCGACAGACACAUGAGUUACAAGAAGCUUGGUAGCUGAAAUAUGAUACAAAUGGUCUAGUUAACCAGUUAACGUUAGGGUGUAGAAUUUGCGUGACGGUUAAAAUUCACUCUGAUAAUUAUUCCCUUACGCGCCACAAGAAGUGUAACUUUAAUAUAAUAUUAAUUGAGUACUUGGUGAACAGUCGAAAGUUUAGUAAUAUCACGGAUUAUAAACUAAUCGCGGACCGCGCAAUGUAAGGGCCACGUGGACGUGGCAAAACGGACCUGUCGCUGCUUGCGCUAACUAAAGAAUAAGUCGUUUACUGCUGUGAGUAUCUACUUAUUUAUUUAUAUGGAAGAAAAUUAGACCGAGAGUCUCCUUAAGUAUCAUUGUGCUUCACCAGUCAUGUUGUAUAGUAAGUUUAAUUCUUUUGUCUUUUUAGAGACGGUUUGGUGGUUUUCAAUGUACCCUCAAAGUGAGUUUAUUGAUCGAUCUCUGUAGACGUUGUCUUCCUCUACUAUAUAAAGCUCACUUUUAGUAGAAACAUCAUAUUGUAUGUUAUUGAAUUUAACUUCUGCUCAAUAAUAUGUUUUAAAUUAUGGUGCUAAGAAGCAUCGUAGAUAUUAAUUUAGCGUUAUAGUAACGGAGAGGGUAGUCGUGAAAAUGCGUUUAGUGUUGGAUUUGUGUAAGCAAAAAUGGAUCUUAUUUAUACAUGUGCACUUACAUUUAGGUUUUGAAGGUGUGUGUUAUUACUGUUUAGUAAUGUCAGGUUUUAGUGAUACAUAUGAUGGCAUUUCUAUAAAGAGACCAUCAAUGAUUGUUUUCGCUAGUCGAAAGUUGUAUUUCUGGAUAAAAAUAGUGUAUAAUUAUGUUGGAUAAUUAAACCUUUUAUCAUACAUACUAUAUUAUCCCUAAGUUUAUUUAGAUCAAUGUAAUUUGAGAUAUAUGUAAAAAUAUUGUUUACAUGUAUGUAGUAUCCAAAAAGGUUUGUACGAUCGUCCAUAUGAUGAGGCUGUAUGAUCUGCCGGACUGGUUUGUAAUGAGAAAUGUUUAAUAAAUCUUACUGUCUUCA